CGGCAUCUCAGACAACGACAAAGGUAGCAAACCCAUUGCAACUCAACAAGGCUUGCUUAUCGCUAUAUAUAUCUUGUUUGGAAGCGUUAGCCUACUAAGCAAAACCAAGCCAAUGAAGCUGCUGUCUUCACAUUGCAUAUUUCUGUUUUUUUCUGGUGAUAACUCUUUCAUUGUAAUCUGUUGUGCAGUGCUAGCAUUGUUAGCAUGAACAGUUUUAUAUUGGGGGAAAAAGCAUUGUUACUACAUCGCUAAUGUUCGCCGUCUUUGUGUGGGCUGACCAUUUGAAUUGUCCCUGGAGACGAAUUCUUAAGUUACAUUUAUCGCAUUUGCAGGUCCUUUUUCGGAGUUGGUUUGAGAGGGAGAAGGCAAGAUUAGCUGCUAUUUUCAUACACUGCUACAAAUGAGUGUGUCUCAGUGAAAAGACUGAAAUUAGUCAGUGUGAAAUUUUGCACAUCAAAACAUCGUAUGUUGGCACUAUUGUUUGCAGAAAUAUGUAACUCCUAUGUCUAUAAAAGUCAUGAAUGGAUGGAUUAACGUGGAAGCUAACGUGGUAACAGCAAAAAACAAAACCACUGGUUGGGAAGUUUAAUUUAACGAGACAAAAGCGCAAUUUGAUGCCCAACGCAUGGAAUCGUGGUGGUUUGGUGCACAACAAUAGUGUGGAAUGUAGAACUAAUUUUAGUUGACGGGGCUGUAUGCUGUUCUCACUUCCACCCCUCAAAAUGUGCCUAUAAACAGUUCAUUACAUCUUAGGAAGUUUUUUUUGCGAUGCUUAUUUGUUGAAGCGUGGGAAAAAUAGGGUUUGCUUGGUAGGUGAGACAACUUUUUAAUGGCUUACCUCAAACUUGAUUUUUAAAAAUAACUGGCUGGAUGUCAUUGAGUUGCAAGUCUGCUGUGGUUUAAGGAAGAUAAGACCCUUGAUACAUAGUUUUUAAAACACCAUUAGUUAGGAUUGUUCAUAAACUGAGUGUGUUUGACAAACUUUUUUCCUACCCUAACAAAUCAUUGGAUCUUUUAAACUGGCAGUACCACUUGGUUUAAAUAAUAGGUUUAAACCCCAAAAAAUUGUUCAUUAUAUCCCUGUGCAGUCUUUAUCUGGUUGCUUGGCCGAGGAGUCCUACAUCAACUGGUUUUCUAACUUGGGAUGCUGAUAACUGCAAUGGAGAGCAACAAGAGACACCAGAAAGGGGGACACUUUUGCAUUGCUCCAGGUUGCAGUAAUAUUUAUUACAAAGUUAAGAGUGAGGGGAAGAAUAUCCACUUUCAUUCUUUGCCCUUGAGGCGGCAGGUGGUUCUACAACGUUGGCUAACUGCUCUGAAACAAGACAGUUCUAAAGUAAGCCGUACUGCCAGGGUGUGUAGUGACCACUUUAUAGAGGAGGAUUAUUUGGAGGAGAAGGUCUUUGAGUCAGACGCAUUGGUGACUCGCAGGACCAACAGGUUGAAGUCCGAGGCUACUCCUUCUGUGUUUGACUUUUCCACCAUUGGGUCAAGUGGCAAUCCAACACAGUCCACUAGCAAAGACACAGCUGUGCACCAUAAGGAGAGGGAACAACGGCGCACCAUUUUGGCAGAGCAGAGAGAGGAGCACAAAGAUGCCACAGAAACACCAACAGAAUCAUUAGCCGGACCAAGUCAAGGAAAGGAUGGCAGUGCAGCUUCGGACUCAUUUGUUGGUGCCAACAAAACGGAACCCAUGGGGGGUCUGCCAUCCAUGCUGUCCACCCAGCAGGCCGAGAAGGAGGCAGCGGCGGCGGAGGGAGACAAGUGCUCCCCUGCCUGCUCCCCAGUGAGCAAACCUGCUGCAGGACAUGCCGCCAAGUCCCUGUCAUCAGCUGCUUCUUCAUCGCUGUCCUGCUCUCCCUCUACGUCUUCACCUCUGUCGCCAGGCCGGGCAAAAAUGAGCGUUUCAGGCCCUGUUAACAGCAAAUCCACCAACCCACCUGUUCCUUCGUCCUCCUCUUCGUCCACUGCCACAUCUUGCUCCUCUCCCUCCAUCUCACCGGGCCCACCCAAGAUCCACCGGGCCCGAAAGACCAUGAAUAGGCCUUCCUCAGGGCAGAUGAGUCAGGCUGAGGCUCCAUCUGCCACUGGCAGUCCCUCUGGAUCUUCCUCAAACCCUGAAACUGUUGCAAAAAAGAGGAAACUGGGUCAUUCAUCAGACGGCACACCUGAGAUGGCUGAAAGCCUUCCAGACCAUGCUCAUAGUGGGAGGGACGAGUUAUUCCAUAAAAAAGUGGAGUCUGUCACAGAUACGGCUUCAGUGAAGAACAAAAGCGGAGUGGGGAAGUCGGAGGAGGAAGGGAGCAGAAAGAAUCAGAUUUCCAACCCGUCCUCUCGAGAUUCGGAAAAGCUGAAGAAGAUGGAAAAUGGGGGAGAAACAAGGCAACAAGCGAAGGACACAGAGGAUCCAAGUUUGGAGUCUGAAACACAGAAAGUAAUCCAGAGUAGAAAUGAAAGCGAGGAGUCUUCAUGGCUGCCGUCAGAUCAGGACAAAGAGAGAAACAUCUCUGAUUUGGUGGAGACAGAGGAAGAAAGGCCUGGAGAGUACACAGAGGUUCCUUUGGGCGCGCUGGACAUUGCAGCUGCCGACAGUCUGACUCUUUCUCCUCCUCCCGACGGGAGCGAGGCAGGUGACACCGAGCGUCUGGAGGAGCUUCCUCUGUGCAGCUGCAGGAUGGAAGCUCCUCGCGUCGACAGCACCAGCAGCAGAGUCAGCAAACAGUGUAUGGCCACAGAAAGCAACAAUGGAGAGCUGCGGUCGUGCACCAACUGGACCGCUAAAGGGGAGACCAUGCGGCCGUCCAGUCGGGUCCAGCUCAUGGUGCUCUGUGACGUCCAUCGCUCACACAUGGUCAAACACCACUGCUGUCCUGGCUGUGGAUACUUCUGCAUUGCUGGCACUUUCCUCGAAUGCUGCCCGGACCAGCGCAUCGCUCACCGUUUCCACCGGGGCUGCGUGACGGUGCUGAGCGGCGGGCGCAGCAGAGUCAACGGCGGUGGCAUGCUUUUCUGCCCCCACUGUGGUGAAGACGCCUCGGAGGCCCAGGAGAUCACCAUCCUCUCCAGCAGCUCUGCCACAGCUUCAGCAACCACAGUGGUCACCAUGUCAGCCUCCUCCACCACUACCCCGUCUCUGCCCCCGUCCGCCCCCACGGGACCGUCUCUCACCGCCUCCACAGGAGGGAUGAAGGAUGGGAAGAUGCCUGAACGACCUGUCAGUGCUCGUAUGCGCAGUCAUGGCUUGGUUAUGCAGGCAGUAGAGCAGCAGCCUCCGCAGCCUGUGGCCUCCGCAGCCACAGAGACCACUACCCCCCCGGCAGAAGAGGGAGUGGACAGUGUGGGACCCUCCCUUUGUAUGCCCAAUGGAAAGCCAAUCUGCCCGAGUGCACUUCCACCCGGUCCCAGCAGGGCGGCGCUGCAGAAAGCCAUUCUCAUGCAAGACACUGAGAGGAAGAAGAAACUGAGGUUCCACCCACGACAGCUUUACCCCGCGGCCAAACAAGGAGAGGUGCAGAGAGUGCUGCUUAUGCUGAUGGAGGGAAUAGAUCCAACGUACCAGCCCGACUCUCAGAACCGACGCUCUGCUCUUCACGCUGCAGCUCAAAGAGGUCUGUUGGAGGUUUGCUACAUGCUGGUGCAGGCUGGUGCGCAGGUGGACGCUAAGGACAAGGACCUGAGGACUCCAUUGUUGGAGGCCAUCAUCAAUAAUCACAUAGAGGUGGCUCGGUACCUGAUCCAGAACGGUGCCUGCGUGUAUCAUGUUGAGGAGGAUGGAUAUACAGGACUCCAUCAUGCUGCCAAGCUGGGAAACCUGGAAAUUGUUAAUAUGCUUCUGGAGACGGGGCAGGUCGACGUGAACGCGCAGGAUAGUGGUGGGUGGACACCGAUUAUCUGGGCUGCAGAGCACAAACACGUUGAGGUGAUUAAAUCGCUGCUGAACAGAGGGGCGGAUGUCUCCAUCAAUGAUAAGGAGCUGAACGUGUGUCUCCACUGGGCCGCGUAUGCCGGCAGCGUUGACAUAGCGGAGAUGGUGCUGAACGCCGGCUGCUCGCUCUCUUCGGUUAAUGUCCACGGAGACACGCCGCUGCACAUCGCUGCCAGAGAAGGUUACUUGGACUGCGUGACGUUGUUCCUGUCCAGAGGCGCUGAAAUUGACAUCGUUAACAGGGAGGGAGACACACCUCUCAGUCUGGCCCGGGCCGACACACCAGUCUGGGUUUCCCUCCAGAUUAACAGGAAGCUGCGAAGGGGCAUCACCAAUCGCUUGCUUCGAACAGAAAAAAUCAUCUGCAGUGACAUCGCGCAGGGCUACGAGAACGCUCCGAUCCCCUGUGUGAAUGCAGUGGAUGAUGAGGGUUGUCCCUCGGAUUAUAAAUAUGUUUCAGAAAACUGUGAAACCUCAGCAAUGAAUAUAGAUCGUAAUAUCACACACUUACAGCACUGCGGCUGCACAGACGACUGCUCAUCGAGUAACUGCCUCUGUGGACAGCUCAGCAUUCGUUGCUGGUAUGACAAGGACCAGCGACUACUUCAGGAGUUCAACAAAAUUGAACCUCCACUCAUCUUUGAGUGCAACAUGGCGUGUUCGUGUCAUCGAACAUGUAAGAACAGAGUGGUCCAGGCAGGAAUCAAAGUUCGUCUGCAGCUCUACAGGACAGAGAAGAUGGGCUGGGGAGUUCGAGCUCUGCAGGACAUACCCCAGGGCAGCUUCAUCUGCGAAUAUGUUGGGGAGCUGAUCUCGGAUGCUGAAGCAGACGUUAGAGAAGAUGACUCAUACCUGUUUGACCUGGAUAAUAAGGAUGGAGAGGUGUAUUGCAUUGACGCGCGGUACUACGGGAACAUUAGCCGCUUCAUCAACCACCUCUGUGACCCAAACCUGAUCCCCGUCCGAGUGUUCAUGCUGCACCAGGACCUGCGGUUCCCCCGCAUCGCCUUCUUCAGCUCCAGGGACAUCCUCAGUGGGCAGGAGCUGGGGUUUGACUACGGAGACCGGUUUUGGGACAUUAAGAGCAAGUACUUCACCUGCCAGUGUGGAUCAGAGAAAUGCAAGCACUCGGCUGAGGCCAUCGCCUUGGAGCAGAGCAGGCUGGCUCGGUUGGAGGCCUGCUCAGAGUCCGGAGCCGACUGCGGGAUGACCAUGCUUGGAAACUCUUGAAACACUUUCUUUUGGGCCCUUUGGAUUAUCACCAGUUUUACAUGUCCACAAUAGUAAUGGAAGUACAUCAUGCUUGAGGGAUGCUGUAUAUGGUGCUUUUUGUUGUUUGUUUUCCCACAGGAGAUAUUCUUUUCCCAAAACGAUCACAUUGUCAUUUCAUACUUUCAUGGUAGAGGUCAGGACCUUUACUUUUUAUAAAGAAGUUGAAGGUGAAGGUCAUGUGAUUCAGUGUAUACUGUAAUUUUACUGUAUCUCACAACGUAUGCCUUUAUACAGAUGUGCACCAGGAGUCUGCCUUCAUCUACCUGCCAAUUAUAAAUGCAUUUUAUAUAUAUAUAUAUCACCACAUCUUUUUCUUUUUUUAUAUUGUGCCAACAAACAAUGCUUUUUGGUACAAAAACUAAACUUUCCCCAUCAAACCCAUGCUGCACUCAUUAAGGGCCUCUAUUGAUUUUUUGUUUAUGGAUUUUUUUUUUCUUUUGUCCCUAUUUUUUUAUACAUAUUGUCUCUUUUGUCAUUUGUAGUGUAAUAAAUUAACUCAUGA